AUCAACGAGAAGCGCAGAGACGAUCCGUUUGUCGCAGAGGAUCGGUAUCGAAUCGAACCUAGACGGGUAGUUAUUGUGCACAAAACGUACGCCCACCUCACCCGUUGCUCGACUAUCACAAGCUUACAGUUAGUUCCUUCAUCCGUUUAUCGUCCACCAAUAGAUACGAUUCGCAAUCGUAACAAAACACUCUGCAAAAAUCCCAUUGGUAGCACAGCUGUGAUUUGGAAACCUAAAGAAUGAAGAUUUCGCAAUCCGCACUCAGUGUGUUGCUGUUGUGCACUUCGGCGGCGGCCUUCGUGCCGUCACGUCCGACGCUAUCCCGCAUUUCCACGACGUCUACGAUCGCCAACGCGGCGACGAAGCAGGACGCCGAUAUUGCGGUACCGUACGACGCUGCAGCGCGUUUGGCCUACGACGAAUGGCGCAACAAAUACAGUAAGGGAGAUUUCGACGCUACACGAUACGAAUUUUUCAAAAACAACUACGAAACCAUUACUAUUGCCAACGUUGUAGCCAAAAAGGAAGCCCGGGAGCAGAAGAAGGACGCCGUCCCACUCAUGACACUCAACGAGUUUGGGGACUUUUCCGAAGAGGAAUUUAAAGCUCGCCAAAGUGGAGACAAACCAGCCGCCUCCGAUACGAAGACUAUAUCGACGGGUGACGUGCUCGGCAAGGCCGUAGCUGCAGCGGAAAAGCAAUCGGAAGCCAGUGGAGCGCUGAAGGAAGCAGCCGACGCGUUGGCGGAAGACGAAGAGGCUCUGGCACAGAAGCUUGGACUGCAGUCGGUGGAGGAGUUGGAAGUGGCGAUCGAUAGUCUCGAAGGCAUUGCUGCCGACGGUGGGGAGCUGGAUAAGGAAAAUCUGUCUCGCGAGGCCCGUGUACGAGCCGCCUACUUGAACUGGUGUAAGGAAUACAAAAAGGAACCAGACGAGGAUCGCUUUCUCGCCUUUUCCGACAAUUUUCUCGUCAUGGAAAAAUUUGCACAAGACACGGGUAAGGAAAUGGCACUUAACGAGUACGCGGACUUGACUGAAACAGAGUACAAGGAAAAAUUUGCCACGAAGAGCAAACCUAAAAAGGAGACCACGCCCGCCGUUAGUAAGAACGCUACUCCUUCCAGCAAAGUCAAAGUAGCGGAGGUUGUGAAAAAUCUGUUCACCCCUGCCGUAGAGACUCCGGCAGAGAAGGUGGAACGGGAAACACGCGCCAAGGCGAUUGCCGAGCAGCGCAAAGCCCAGGAAGCUGCUGAUGCGACUCGUCGUCAGGACAUUGAGAAGGAGCGUGCCGAGCGCCAAAAGCAGCAAGACCAGGAACUUGCAAAAGCGAAGACAACGACGGAGCAAGCUGUCAUUGCAGCGGCGAAGGAAGAAGCGGAACGGGAAGCUCAGAAGAACGCGGCACGUCGAAAGAUUGAACAGCAAGCGGCGGAGCAAGCUCGACAAAAGGCACGGGAAUGGGACGAAAAACAAAAGAAGAUGUCCGUCUCCUCCACGCAGUCGCUGAAGAAGACCGAGCCCAAGCCUGCACCCACUUUGGAUUUGAGCUCUUUCUUUCCCACUCCGGCGCCGCAAAAGGAGGCAGCCCCUGAUCCAGCAAAGGCCAAAGUAGAAGCCCCGAAGAAAAAGGCGCCCUCUACUCCCAGUUUUGGAAGCUUCUUCUCACCUCCAUCCCCGAAAACGGUCCCCGCACCCAAAGCGGCUCCCGCUCCAGUGCCUACGCCUGUGAAAACUAAAAAACCUACCGUGAAAUCUUCACCAACAUUCAACUUAGGUUCUUUCUUUGCGCCGUCCCCGGCGCCGAAACAGAAGGAAGCUCCUCAGCCCGCCCCGAUUGUGGAAUCGGAAGAAGUUGAUGUUGCCGACCCUGUUACGGAGGCUUUCAACUCUUUUUUUGGAUCGGGAAAAAAGAAGACAGAGCCAAAGCCCUCUCCGGCUCCAGCCCCCGUCAAGAAAGCUCCUGUCAAGUCGAACCCAACUUUUUCAUUUUUUUCUCCUCCCACACCAGCUCCCGCACCGAAGCCAGCCCCAGCACCUGUACCGAGUAAAGCAAAUCCAACAUUUUCUUUCUUUUCCCCUCCUAAGCCGGCUCCCACCAAGAAAGAGGAGCCCAAGGUACCCAACCGACCCGGUACACUGAGCUUAUUCGAUUUUUCUCCCAAGCCUGGCCCCGAGAAGGAGGAUAAACCUAAGAUGUCCAAUCGACCGGGUACUCUGAGUUUGUUUGGAUCUGGCACUCCCAAUAAGGACCCUAAGCCGGAGAAAAGGGUACAACCAAAGGUCCCCAACCGCAAAGGGACCAUCAGUUUGUUUGGCGGUAACGCCAAAACGCCGACCCCCGCUCCGCAAAAAAAGAAGGAACCGGUUAAGAGACCAACUCUUUCGCUAUUCGGUUCCCCCAAGAAGAAAGAACCGGAAAUCGCUCCGGAGCCGGUCAAACAAAAACAGGCCUUUUCCUUUUUCGGUGGAGGCGGUGGUUCCAAAUCUGCAGCAGCACCCAAGGAUAAGAUUCCUGUGUUGAGUCGUUGGAAGCAAAAUCCCAACGGUUCCAUUACUGGUAUCAUCAGCAAUUCUCCCAAUUUCCGCAGCGGGACGGAGAUUACUACAUCCCCCGUCAAACGGGGAGCCAAGGCAGGGAGCGUAAUCAAGACGGGGUCCGGUUCGCAGUAUCGACUUUCGUAA